GCAGUGGUUACUUCUAGUCACCACCACACGCUCAAAUAGCUUCCCUCGCUCCGGCAAUCCCGCAAGCACCCUGCGACUUUCAGAUCACUACCGCGGUUGUUGAUUGUUGCGUAGUGACCGUAUUUUACGAUCUGGUACUGGGUCUCUUGUCGUUGCCCUAAAUGACCGCGUCUCCACCCAAGGAUCCGAACCGCUUCCUCACGUCGUUCCAUGCAGCACUUGUUGCAUGCUCUGCUGAGGCAGCAGCGUACGGGCGUUGCGUGGCUGCGAGAGUCCCAGGCGUGGACAAGGCCGUGUGCGACAAGGAGUUCCUGCAGCUCAAGUCCUGCUUCUACGCCUCCUUGCGUAAGCGCAAGUAGCGGCGAUUGCUGAGUUGCGCACCACUGCUGAGACUUUAGCUGUCUCUUGCUGUGUUGGCGGUGCACGCAGCAGUGACAGAUUGCAGCAGGCUAGGGCGUGUGUUGAUUCUGGGGAGUUGGAAGGAAGGAGAUAGGUGCUGAGGAGUGAGAUUUGUUGAUGGGAUAAUGUCAUUGGUUGCGUGCUGAGGGGGGACGGACGGAGAGUGGAGAGAGAAGGUGAGAAAGGAGGGUAGGAGCGAAAGGGGUGGGGAGUGGACAGGAGGCAGAAGCUGUGGUGCACAUACUGGAAGUCACGGGAACAAUCCAGCAUAGCUGAUGCACUCCAGUUGAUGAAUAGAUAGCAAGUUGUUUGCCCUCCAUCCAUGGUUUCAUCUUACACGCCAGUCAUGUCAUCUGGCGUUUCAUCUGGUAUGCGAACGCCAGGGAUGUCCCCUGCCAUGUCACCGUCACAGUCACCAGCCAUGUCACCGAGAAAAGGGUCGACGAGAACGCCCAGAGAGAGAAGACGAGGGGGAGGGUGGGGGUCCGAACCGGCAUCACCAGCACCAUCAUCAGCAGCACCGUCACCAUCAGCACCAUCACCGUCAGCACAACCAUCACCCUUCUCCUCGUCGCUAUCACUACCAGAGGAUUCCAGCCCUGUGGUGCUGGGCCCGCGGCCUCUGCUGCGCUUUGACGUGCCGGGGGCAGCGGGUGUCAUGUACGACGAGCCCCACGGCAUUUUGCUCGUGUCGGCACAUGAGAAGGUGUACGCGUGGCGCGUGCCUACGCCAGCACAGGAGCAGCAGAGCCUCGGACAGUACAUUCAGCAGCAGCAGAAGCAGCAGCAGGUGGUGGGGCACAGUCAGAGUCACAGUCACAGCCAUCUGCAGCCCGUCCAGCAGCCAGCGCCGCAGGUGUUUGCGAUAUCGGACCGCCCUGUGCUGGCUGUGCGCUUCUCCCUGGACGGCCGCAUCCUCGCGGUUCAACGGUCCGCGCACGAGCUCGAACUGCUGCUCCGACGCCCCUCCUCCACCACCACCGCCGCAGCAGCCACCACCUCCACCUCCUCCACCUCCUCCUCUUCCGCCUCCGCUUCCCCCACACCCACUGCUGCAGCUGCUGCUGGCUCUUCUGGUAGUGACAGUCCAGCAGCCGCUGCCAGUAGCGCUGCAGCACCAGGGCAAGGAGGGGAGCAGGCAGGCGAGGGUGUGGGCGCAGGCAGAGAACAAGGGCCGGGAAACACGGGCAGCAGCAGUGGUGCUAGUGGUAGCAGCGGUGCUCCUGGCAAUGGUAGUGCUAGUGGUAGAAGUAGAGGCAGCUCGGCAGCAGAGGCUGCUAUGAGCGCACCUGUUACAGUGACAGCACCGGCACUCACGUACAGAAGUAGAAGUGCGGCGGAUAAGAUCCUGGGCUUCUUCUGGUCGGAUUGCCCUCUCUGCGACCUCGUUAUUGUCACAACUGGGGGUUUGGAGCUCUUUCGAGUGGUAGCAGCAGCAACAGCAGGGGCACCAGGGUCACCCUCAGCAGGAGCAGUAGGAGCAGCAGGGCCAGGCGGGUCAGGGUCAGGCACAGGGGGGGCGGGGUCAGGGCAGGUGGUGAUGCGGGUGGUGGAGGCAUGGCGCGUGGCCAUAGGGUGGUAUGUGUACACGCAUGAGUCGCGAGUGCUCAUCCUCGCUGCAGGGCCCAGGUUCUGCACGCUCACUGCCAUUCAGUUCUCUGCAGCAGGUCUGGUGAAGCUGCCCAAGUUCAGCGCUCAGCUGGGCACGCCUGCUCCCACCACCGUGCCAACGCACUCCCUCACUGCCAAGCCGCCACCGCCCGUGGUUCUAGCCCCCCAGGACGUGCGCAUUGCCAACAUGUACGGCCGCAUAUACUGCAUUCAGGUGGACCGAGUGUCCUCCCUGCUGCACAUCUUCCGCUUCUUCCGCGACGCCAUUGUGCUGCAGGUCUCCAUCCCUCUGCCGUCCACUCGUGUGGCCGUGAGUGUGGCGGACAACCUCCUCCUGGUGCACCUGCCAGCAAUCCACCGCCUGCUGCUCUUCGACCCCCUCCUCAACCACUGGAAGCCCAUCUGCCCCGCGCUUGCCCCCGCCUUUGCGCCCCUUACCUCCUCCUCGCAAACACUCCCUCGCUCGCCCCCUCGCUCUCUCUCCCGCUCCUCCACAAGUCUCUCUAGCACCAGCACGAGUGUCAGCACUGCUAGUGGCAGCGGCGACGGCUCCUCUGCUCCUUCCACGCCUCGCACUGGCACCAGCAGCAGCAGCAGUGGGGGGGGCAGCGGUAGCAGCGGCAGCACCCGCAGCGGUAGCAGCAGCAGCAGCGGCAGGUCACGGUCUCGGUCGAAGGUGUACGGGUCGGGGUGGGUGCUGGUGAAUCCGGAUCUGGUGUUGGAUCAUGUCAAGGGGGUGCUGUGGCGCCUGCACCUCAACCUGCAGACUCUGGCAGUGUGUGCAGCCGACCGCGCAUCUCUCUUCGCUCUGCUGCAGCGCCGGCGCUGCAACCGGCAGCAGGUGCGCUCCAUCUGCCUCUCCCUCUUCUCCGACCUCCUCGCCUCGCGCUCGCCCCUCCCCGCCCUCUCCUCCGCCUUCUCCUCUCUGCUCUCCACCUAUGCUACUGCGCUUGCUGCUGCUGCCCAAAAGCCCAAACCUGUACAAGGCUCACCAACUGCUGCUGCUGCUGCUGCUGUUUCUGGUGGUGCUGGCAGCAGCACUAACGUGGCUAGUAGCAACAGCACUGUUGCAGCGAGGGAACAGUUUAUGGGACAGGACAGGGCAGGGCCAGCAGGGGCAGGGGCAGGGGCAGCUGAGCAGCGGUCAGCCCAGCAAUUGGGACCCAGUGAGCGAACGAGCUCGGGAGGAUUCUUUCAUGUGGCCGCAGAUUCUGGUGAAUCAGGGGCUUCAGGGGCUGCUGUAUUAGGUGGUGAUGGCGGCAUGGGGGAAGCACUGGAGGGGAAAGCGGGAGCAGGAGGGGGAACGGGAGGGGGGGAGAGGGAGGGAGCGUUAUCUCGGUCAAGCUCUGUGGCUUCCGUGGGGGAUGGGCAAGGCCUGGCUGCUGCGAGGGGCGGCAGUGCGGGUGGUGGCAGGGGCGGGGAAGCAGAGGCGGCGGACCCUGCAGUGGAGGAGGAUGAGGGGGUCGUGUCUCCAGACCAUCUGCUGCAGCAGAUAGAGCGGUAUUUGGAAGCAUGCACGCAGCAGGCCAGGAGACACGGAAGCACCUUGCAUCACCACAUGGGUGCAGGAGAGAGCAGCAGAGGGGGGAGUGGGGAGGGAGGGGGGGAUGGUGGGGGAGGAGGGGAGGUGAAAGGGGGAGAAGACCGGGGAGAGGAUGGGAGCAGUGGUGAGAAGGAGAGAGACAAUACUGCAGCAUGUGGUGCUGCAUCGCAGGACAGCAGCUAUAUUGUGGGGGUUAUGGUUGAACUCAUCAGAUGCAUGGACGACCUGCGCCUGCCAUUGCCUGCCUUCCUGCGGGCCCAGUCCUCCCUUGUGCGCCUGCUGGCAUCGCACCAUAUGUGGGCUGCGCUGUUGCACCUGCUCAACGCCAAGCUCCUUCGCUUCUCCCCCGCCUUCUCAUGGGACCUGCUCCGCCUCUCCUCCUCCCUCUCCCCCUCCUCCUCCUCUCCCUCCCCCCCUGCCCUCCCACCUGCAUCGCUCAAAGCACGGUCACGGGUACGGAGGGAGGCGGUGCGGCUGCUGCAGGCAUGGCUGGGGGCGAGGGAGGGGCAGGAGCAGGGCCGAAUGGGGGCGCAGAGGAGGGAGGAUAUGGCAGCGCUGCUGCGCGCUAUGGUGCUGUCCUGUGGCCCUCUUGCUGCUGCUAGGUUCCUGGCGUCAGCACCGUCACAGGUGUUUUGGCAGCAUGCCAGCUCUCUGCUUGCGUGCCUGUCGCACCCCCAGCACCUGCACCUGGCGCCGGCUGUACUGCGAUGCUUCCAGGAAGCUGUGCCCUCCUUCCAAGACGCCCUGGCGCGCAGGGAGAGGGGAGAGGAUUGAGGAGGCAGCGUGGGGUAGGAUCGGAGAGGGGCGGAGUGGGAUGGGCGUGGGGAGGGGGGAAUGGUAGAAAGAGGGGAGGAGGCGGAGUGAGGUGGAAACAGAGAGGCAUCAUGAUUCAUGAGUGGUAUUGAUUCAAGGUUUGUGUGAGCUAGGUUCGGCCUCAAUGUCUGUGUUUUAGCAGGUUUCUGAGUAAGCAGCUUGCAUCCACUGCCAGCAGCAUAAGUUCCCUCCUUGUAUAGCUGGGCUGAUCGGAUAGCUGCCAAACCAUCCAUCCAUAAAACCAGUGCGUGCAUUGUAUAUCAAAGUGAAGUGAAUAAUAAUGGAGUAGAGAG